GCAUAGGGAAAUUAUCUAAUCUAAUUUUUAAAAUAAAUAUUUGCUUCUUUUUGCUAUUUGGAUUCAAAGUUGAAGUCUGAUUUAUUUUAAAAUUGACUUAUUGUUGAAAUUAUAUCUUUUUAGGUUAUUGCAACAAUCUUUCUAUCAAGUAGAAGUUUAAUAGUGUGACGCGCAGAGCAUUGAAAGAUUAGAAAAAAGGUGACGAUAUCUAUACUCAGACUAACUAUCCAAGAUGAGCUCUGAUGAUGAAAUGACACUCAGUGAAGUUGGUAAAUUACGUAGGAGUCCAUCAGUGGAUUCAAUUCCAUUAAGUCAAAUGGAUUCUGACCCAACCACCACUUCUGCAGACUCAGAUAUGCCAAAGGUUUCCAAAAGAAAGGCUAAGAAUAGUGAAGGGAAAAGAAAAAGAGCUAAGAAGGCUACUGCUGUAAUUAAAGAUGAAGAUAAUGAGGAUGAGGAUGUUCCAUUGGCCCAACGUGAAGGCAGUCCUAAAAAAUCAACCACUAAGAAAUCUACUUCCAAAGUUAAAGUGGAAAAAGAAUCUGUUUCCAAAAAAACCAAUUCUAAAAAGGUUACUCCUAAGAAGGAAGAAAAGGAAAGUCUGGUGGACGCCGAAGCUGCCGCUGUUGCUGCCGCAGAAGAAGAAGAAGAAGAAAAGUAUAGAUGGUGGGAACAAGAGGAUGUUGAUGGUGAACAAAAAUGGGAAAGUUUACAUCAUAAUGGGGUUAUUUUCCCACCUGAAUAUGAACCAUUACCUUCUCAUGUCAAGCUAUACUAUGAUGGUAAGGUAGUGAAUUUGCCUCCUCAAGCAGAAGAAGUCGCUGGGUUUUUCGGAGCUAUGUUGGAAACUGAUCAUGCUAAAAAUCCAACUUUCCAAAAUAACUUCUUUGAAGAUUUCUUACAAGUCAUUAAGGAGUGUGGAGGAUGCAAUGUAGAGAUCAAAGACUUUAACAAGUGUGACUUUUCCAAAAUGUAUACCUAUUUUGAACUGGAAAGAGAAAAGAAGAAGGCAUUGAGUCGAGAUGAAAAGAAGGCUAUUAAGGCUGAGAAGGAUAAACUUGAAGAACCAUACAAGACAUGUUUAUUAAACGGUCGUAAGGAACAAGUUGGUAAUUUCAGAAUUGAACCACCUGGAUUAUUUAGAGGUAGAGGUGCGCAUCCAAAAACCGGGAAAUUGAAAAGAAGAGUUUAUCCAGAAGAUGUCACCUUAAAUUUAAGUAAGGAUGCAAACAUUCCUGAACCACCAGCUGGUCACAAGUGGGGUGAAGUUCGUCAUGAUAAUGCUGUAGCAUGGUUAGCAAUGUGGAAGGAAAACAUUGCUGAUUCAUUCAAAUAUGUUAGAUUUGCAGCUAAUUCAUCGAUUAAGGGACUUUCUGAUUUCAAAAAAUUUGAAACUGCUAGACAAUUGAAGGAUCAUAUCGAAGAAAUCAGAAAAGAUUAUAAUAAGAUGCUUAAGGAUGAACUUAUGCAAAAUAGACAAAUGGCCACUGCCACUUAUCUUAUUGAUAUAUUUGCUCUUAGAGCUGGUGGAGAAAAGGGAGAUGAAGAAGCUGAUACUGUCGGGUGUUGUUCUUUGCGUUACGAACAUAUUACUUUAAAGCCUCCUAAUAAGGUCAUUUUUGAUUUCCUUGGUAAAGAUUCCAUUCGAUUUUAUCAAGAAGUUGAAGUUGAAAAGCAAGUAUUUAAAAACUUGAGAAUUUUCAAAAAGCCACCUAAGCAACCAGGUGAUGAUUUAUUUGAUAGAAUUACUCCACCAAUGUUGAAUAAGCAAUUUCAAAAUUAUAUGAAAGGAUUAACUGCUAAAGUUUUCCGUACUUAUAAUGCUUCCAAGACCAUGCAAGAUCAAAUUGAUUUAAUACCAAACGAAGGUACUGUUGCUGAAAAAGUUGUUAAAUUCAAUGCAGCAAAUAGAACCGUUGCCAUCCUUUGUAACCAUCAGCGUACGGUUAGUAAAGGACAUGGAUCUGUUGUGCAAAGAAUUAGUGAUAAAUUAAAGGAAAUGGUAUGGCAAAAGUUAAGAUUGAAGAAAAUGAUUAUCGAAUUGGAUCCAAAAUUAAAGAAGAAGGAUCCUAAAUAUUUCGAAGAAAUUAAUGAUUUAACAAAGGAAGAUGAAGAACAUAUCCAUAAAGCAGUUAUAGAAAGACAAAAAGAAGCAGCCCAUAAAAGAUUUCAAAGAGAAAAUGAAAAGCUAAAAGUUGAAGAUCAAGAACUUUUACCUGAAUCAGUAUUAAAGGAAAGAUUAGAAAAAAUUGAUGAACUUGCUCAAGAAUAUGCUGAAGAAUUAAAGAGUAAUAAACCAAUUGUUAAAAAGACUGAUACUGUGGAAAAAUUGAAAGCUCAAAUUGAAAAAAUCGAGACCAGAAUUGUAAAUACUACAUUCCAAUUGAAAGAUAAAGAAGAUAAUUCUGAAGUUUCAUUGGGUACAUCUAAGAUGAAUUAUAUUGAUCCUCGUUUAACAGUGAUGUUCUCCAAAAAAUUUGACGUACCAAUUGAGAAAUUAUUUACCAAGACUUUGAGAGAGAAGUUUAAUUGGGCCAUUGAAUCUGCUGAUGAUAAUUGGAGAUUUUAGGUAUAUGCGAUCUUUUUUUUUUAAAACAAAAUAUAC